AUGACUCUCUCUUCACCACCUCCCUACUCCUCUUUCUUUCUUUCUUUCUUUCUUUCUUUCUUUCUUUCUUUCUUUCUUUCUGUUACAUCCCCCUUCUUUUCUAUUCUCUCUUGUUCCUUACUCUCCCUUUUAUCUUGGUUUUUCUUUCCCUCCCACUCAAAUUUCUUUACUCUCUUUUCCGUUUUCCUUUUUUUUUUGUUUCCAACUCCCUACCCUGUAAAACCCUCACUCGUUCUUGUGAUUCUGUUACUUUUUUUUUAUUUUAUUUUAACCGUCUUCUUCCAUCAUUCUUUUUGCGAUGGCAACAUUCCCUUUUUCUUUCCUUCUUGUUUUUUAUUACUUCUUUUAUUUUCCAAUGUUUUGUCAUUCUUUUUUUUUUUAAUUAUUGCGUUAUUUCUAUACUCUCGUAUUUUCCUUCUUUUUUCAUAUGAGUUUUUAUUUCAGUGUGUCUUUCCUUUUUACUUUCUUUCUUUAUUUCUUUCUUCAUUUUACUUUCUUUCUUAUUGUCAUAUAUUCUUUCUUUAUUUAGUUUUUUUAAUUUUUCUUUCUUUUACCAGGCUUUCUUUCAUGUUUCCUUUCUUUUUUUCUUUCAUUCAUUUUGUCAUACUUCCUUUCUUUAUUUCUACAAUUUUAAUUCUUUAUUUUUAUCAGACAUUCUUUCGAUAUUUAUUUAUUUCUUCAUUUGUCUUUCAUUCUUUUUGUCAUACUUUCAUUCAUAUUUCUUUUGAUAUUUUUCUUUCUUUCUUUUUGCCAUACAUUCUUACUUUCUUUAGUAACUUGGUUUUCCUUCUUUGCUUUUGUCAUACUUUCAUUCUUAUUUGUUUCUUCAUUCUUUCUUUCUUUCUUUUUGUCAUACGUUCUUUCUGUAGUUCUUUCUUUUCCUAUUUUUUAUUCGUUUCCCUCUUUGUUUGUCACAUUUUCUUUUUGUCAUACAUCUUUUCUUUCUUUACUUCUUCGUUUUCUUUCUUUUUGUCAUUCGCUUUAUUUUUUUCUUCGGUUCUUCGUUUUUCUUCUUUUUGUCAUUUAUUUCUUCGUUUUUUCCUUUUUCUUUGUCAUACAUUAUUUCUUUCUUUUUUCAAUUUUCUUUCUUUUUCCAUGCUUUCUUUUUUCUUAAUUUUUCUUUCUUUCUUUUUGUCAUCCAGUUUUUUCUUCUUUAGUUCUUCAUUUUUCUUUCUUUGCUUUUGUCAUUCUUUCCUUUUUUAUUCAUUUCUUUCUUUCUAUUUGUCAUAUUUUCCUUCAUGUAUUUCUCUUAUCAUUUCUCUUCAUCGUAUUUUUUGGGAUUUUUUUUUCUUUCUUCCUAUUUUUUUCUCAUCAGUUAUUUUUUCUGGUUUUCCUUUUGUUUGUUUUUUAGUUUCCUAA